AUGAAGGGCUGGUACUUAACCCUGGUAGCACUUCUUCAGCCUCGAGGGAAGAAGCCCACACACGUGACGGUGAACUGCUGGUUCUGCAAUCAGGACACGGUAGUGCCGUAUGGGAAUCGCAAUUGCUGGGACUGCCCCAACUGUGAGCAGUACAACGGGUUCCAAGAGAAUGGAGACUACAACAAACCCAUCCCUGCUCAGUACAUGGAACACCUUAACCAUGUUGUGUCGGGUGCUACGACUUUCUGUGAUCCUACCAAACCACAGCAGUGGGUGAGCAGCCAAAUUCUGCUUUGCAAGAAAUGCAACAGCUAUCAAACCAUGAAGAUCAAACAGCUGGCUUCAUUCGCACCAAGGGAGGAGGGCAAAUACGAUGAGGAGAUUGAGGUGUACAAGCACCAUCUAGAGCAGACCUACAAGCUGUGCCGUCCAUGCCAGGCUGCUGUGGAGUAUUACAUAAAACAUCAGAAUCGGCAGCUCCGGGCGCUGCUGCUCAGCCACCAUUUCAAGCGCCGUGAGACAGACAAGACCUAUACUCAGAAUUUAUGUUCAUCCUCUUCUGCUUCCAUAACCACACCAGCUCAGGUGAUAUUUCUGCGGUUCUUGGCCUUCCUCAGCUGUGCGUUCCUGGUUCUGAUGGCCUUGUAUGGGUCAGGCGACCCCUUCUCACUCAGCACAGCGGUCCCUGCUCCUGUCUCCUCUGGUCCAGCGUCCAUUUGGAACAGGACUGGCACAAGCUCACAUGCAGACUUAGAAAAUGACACUUCCGUGAUGGUGGCACGCUGGACGGAGCUGCUCCACCUGCUCCCAGAACAGAUGGUGGAGAACCUGAGUGCCGCAUGGGCUUACGGGAAGCAUCACCAGAUGGCAGUCGCUGUCCUCGGGCUGUUCACCUGCUUGUUGGCUGUGUUUUUAGCUGGACGGAUCAGGCUCCGGAGAAUUGAUGCUUUUGCUUCGGUGUUGUGGUUCAUAGUGAUGAGUCUACAUUUAGCUGAGAAGUACCUGAAGACGGAAACACCCAACUGGCUAGACACGGCCAAAUUUGGCACCACAUCCUUGUGCUGCUUGGUGGGCUUCACCGCAGCAGUGGCCACGCGGAAGGCAACGGGCCAUCGGAGAUACCGGCCCCGAAGGUACCUUUCUGGGGAUUCGAUUACCCUCUUUCCCAGCGGCACUGGGACUGGCUUCGCUUCCCCUGCUACGUCUCUCUUUGUCCCAACACCACCCAAUAUUCUCCAGCUGACAAACCAACAGCUCUUCAGGUCUCCACGCAGAACUUCCUCUUCCUCUCUUCCCGGUCGUCUCAACAGGGCACUCUCGCUGGGCACCAUCCCCUCCUUGGCUAGGGCAGAUUCUGGCUACCUGUUCAGCGGGAGUCGACCAGCCUCGCAGUCAUCUCAGUCCAAGGAAUCUCCUACAUCAGAGCACUUUUCCUUGCUGUCAGGCAGCUGUGCUCCCUCCCACAUCCCCUCUCCAGCACCGUCGGUGGCUGGCUCUGUGAAUUCCAGCUCCAGUUCCCUGCGGUACCGCCGGCCGCUCAUCAGCCCUGCCCGCCUGAACCUGAAAGGACAGAAGCUGCUGCUGUUCCCGUCUCAGAAUGAGGUCCUGCUCACCCCAGCCAGCUCGGAGGAGCACACCCCCUCAGACAGCAACAUCUUUGCUACCGAGUUGUCCUCCUUUCCAAAGAAGAACCUCAGCGAGCGGGGAAUGCAUGAUAUGAGAUCUGCUGUGGAAGGAGGGAGUAUCUGCAGUGAUAAUUCCAUCAAAAAGGAGGAUCACUCAUCACGCUCAUCUAUGUGUGUGGUAGACACAACUUCCAAAGGGGAAGAUUUGGCAGGCUGGAGAGGUCAUUUUGGUAACUCUGCUCUCCGAGGUCUGCUAGCCGUGAGUCUGACUCUCAAUGCUAUCUUCACAUCAGCCUAUGUCUACCGGAGCCUGCGUUGA